CCCAGAAGCAAGGCGACAGCGGAUUGCCUCUCGCUAUCGCUAACUUAUUUAAAAAACUGAUAUUGCGACGCUUUUAGUAUCUUGGAUGGAUUUAGACGGAAAAUUCUUGGUGUUAAAGAUAAGUGAGGAUCUGAGAAUCGGGAUCCCGGCAGCAUCAGCAAGACGACCGCGGAUUCUUUGCGAAGAGCGUACUUUGGAAGAAAAUGACUCCAUCUUCAGAAGGAUGGAGCUGCGCGCUCCCGUUUCAAGUCUGAAUUCACAGUCGCGGGACAUGCGCAUUCGUAGCAGGGGAGGGAGCCAGUAUCAGGAGCGCCCCUGUGCUACUUUAUUGGUUGUGGAAAUGAAGGUCACCGACGAAAGAAAGCGCGGCCGCAAGAAUGGGAUUGGAAUAAGGCGCAGCUUCUACUUUUAGCCUUCGAAGCGCGUGUCCGAUUACUUUCUCCUAGCACAGGGCUGGUAAGUAUCCGUUAGGGACUUACCUCAAUCCCCCUCGACGUUCGUAGGCGCACGCAUUCCUUGCACUUGAGUUUCUGGCCCGGAUCGCCGAGCAUCGUUGUGGAUAUUACCGCAAGAUAUGUAACUUCAACAGCCGGUUUUAUCGGUGUGACGCUUUGUGGUGUGCUAACUCAAAUUCGGCACGUUGACAGUCUUCGCGGCUGAAAUAACAGACAAAGAUGCUCCAGCAGAGUAAAUAUUUGUGGUAAGCUGUAGCGGACUAGAUCAUGAAGCGGAGACGCUGGUGGAAUGCAAGCAUCGCAAAGACAUAGCAAUUUGAUUGAGCGACACGAUUCGUCGACGCGAAUGCAUAGCUUUUUUGGAAAUACUGCUUUUUGUAACUACGGGUAAGAUCUGUACUAGGUAGUUUAGUUACAACUAUAACACGGAGCGAACGCAUGACAUUUUUUAGUAUCUAACCUCAUGCACUGUUCGAAUUGUUGCUCACUCCUUGUAACAGUACAGCGCCUUCCUUGCAGUGUCCCUUUCGUAAACUGUCCCUCUGUUCGGCUCGUUCGUUAGCCGGUAAAUAGCGAGUGUUCGAACCACUGCUCAGCUGGUCAUUGUAACGAAAACGAACCAUGGAGGACUUGGUCGCGUUUCGCAUGAUAGGACAUCAAUCGUCGCUGUUAAAGCGUCUAGUGCAUCUAAGACGCAAUGUUCGGCAGAGUUCUAUUUACCUGAAAGUUAAAUAUUUCAGAGGUAGGUGGAUCCUACAUUACUACUGACUAAAAAGACAUGUUGACACAAUAUGAAGAUUCCACAUUUCAAUCCAGAAAUAACGGGUUUGACCCGAGUGAUCAUUUUGAAAACGUCGCUCGUUGGAAACGCCAUGUAAAUGAAGAGUUGUGUCGCUGACGUUCGUAUUAACUUCAAGAGUACGCCGACCGUUUGUCUGAACUCAGUACGUUUACGUCGACUUAUUUGAAUUUAUUAUGCCUUCCCCCGAUGAAAAAUGGGAUCGUGAAUAACUCUAGCAUUUUUACUGGUGCGGAUUCCACUCAACAAAUUCCUCAGUUCGUG